AUGGGUAUCACAUUUUCAAAGCUCUUCGAUAAGCUCUGGGGGAAGAAGGAGAUGAGAAUUUUGAUGGUUGGGUUGGAUGCCGCUGGAAAGACCACAAUCCUUUACAAGCUCAAGCUGGGCGAAAUUGUCACAACUAUCCCCACAAUCGGCUUCAACGUUGAGACUGUCGAGUACAAGAAUAUUCAAUUCACUGUAUGGGAUGUCGGAGGACAAGACAAGAUUCGACCUCUGUGGAGACAUUACUUCCAAAACACACAGGGUAUCAUCUUCGUUGUUGACAGCAAUGAUCGUGAUCGUGUUGUUGAGGCCCGAGAGGAGCUGCAACGCAUGUUGAAUGAGGAUGAGCUUAGGGAUGCUAUUCUGUUGGUCUUUGCGAACAAACAGGAUCUGCCUAAUGCCAUGAACGCCGCAGAGAUCACAGACAAAUUGGGCCUCCACAGCCUGAGACAACGUGCAUGGUACAUCCAAUCUACUUGCGCUACUUCCGGAGAUGGUCUUUAUGAGGGUUUGGAAUGGCUCGCAAGCUCGCUCCGAAAGGCUGGACACAACUAA